AGGUCCACGUGGAGGUCAGGAACUGCUACUUCCUGGUGGCCAAUCCCAUCGAGGACGUGCCGGGGCGCUUGCAGGUCACCAACUUCAGGCUGAAGUUCCAGCCCUCGAAAGGCGCCCUCCGCGAGGAGCUGCGCUGGAUGCAGGAGGUGAGACUUUUCGACGUGCCGCUAGGGCUCGUCGAGGAGGCCAAGGACAGCAGGUCGGCCGCCGGGCGGGGCGCCUCAGAGCUCCGGCUGAAGGUCGCCACCAAAGACUUCCGUUCGCUCGACUUCCUGCUGCCCUCUGAGGGGGACAUGGCGAACGUUGUGGAGGCGAUCAGGGCCUUUGGCACGCCGG